AUUAUUUUUUUAUUUUGUUUAGGUUUUUGAAUUUUUUAAAAUUAUUUUGAAAUGGAUGAGUUGGGCAUUUUGGCUUGCAUAGAUUUUUUUUGCCGUCAAAUUAACGAAUCGUCUGACUCUGUAGUCGUACAAAAUUUGUGGCAUUCAAUACGUCAUUUGGUCAGCGUUAUCGAGCACUCUACUCAUAUAGGAAAGUCUACUUGUCUUCGUUUGAUAAUUGCGAAGAGUGUUGUUUUCCUUUGUCGUUUUAGCGAAAUUGCUAAUCCAGAUAUUUCUAUUGAAGAAUUUGGCCAAAUUCUUGAUUUGCUUGAGCUUUUGAAGGAAACUGUGGAACUUUUGGACAUUAAAAUCUAUGAAGAUUUGAAAAUAUACGUUACGACAGCUCUACUUUUUAGCUUUCAAGAUAAAGAAUCUGCAAAAAAACUUUGCAGCAAGUAUAUUGCCAAUACGGAAGGCAGCGAUACUUGCCGCCACUACCAAGAAGUGUUUGGCAUUUUAAACGGAAAGGAUCUUUCUUUAAAAGCUAAAUAUACAGGAAUCAAUUUUAUUCAAAAUAUUAGAAAGCUGUUUACAAUUGUGUUUCAAACGGUUGGACCCGCCGCUGAUGCUAGAAUAAUUUUAGUUAAUCCUAAACUUCUUCCAGAAGUUCAGUCCUACCAGCCACCGCAGUAUUUAAAUUUGGACAACUCAAUUGCUUUGGUUACUCAAGAAGUGCGUCAGAAAAUAUUUUUUAAAAUUUUUAACGAUGAAGAAUUUAGUAUUCGAGGCAAUGCUACUUGUAUGGAUCCUGCUCUUCCUUUACCAACUGAUUCACUUAGUUUAGAUCCGAUCCCACCCGCUAUUACCCCAAAACGUAGAAAUUCAGAGAAACCUUCAGGGUCUUCAUCCAAAAGAUCUAGAGGUUCUAGAUCUGCGAAGAAAGCAGAUCUUUCUUUGAGUACUUUAGGAGAUUCUAUAGGCAAGGAAGAUCUUCCUGGUGACUUAAAUUAUUUUGAUAUAGAAGAGAGGGACGACGAGAUUCCCACUCCCAAGGCUCGAAAAGUGUGGACUGAGCAGGAAGUUAGCUACUUAAUUGACGGCGUAAAGGCUAAUGGCGUUGGAAAAUGGACGCAGAUUGAAGCCGCCAUCAAAAAUCUUGUUCCUAAUUUUGAUCGUACUCGUGUGGAUUUAAAGGAUAAAUGGAGAAAUAUGGUUAAAAAAAAGGAUCCAUGUGUGAUGGAAGUUUUGGAGCAUUUUAAAACUAUUGGCACUGAUCCUGCGUUAGCAGCGACAGCAGCUGCCAAUACUAAUAAUCCCUUUUUGUAUGUGCCCGGCGCUGAAGAACAAAUUUUUAGAGCUUCUUAUAAAAAAAAGUGGAAUAAGAAUAAAAGAGAAUUGAAUGUUAACAGUUUAUUGAAUUCGGAAGUUUUUGAGGAGAAUUUUACGGAUCACGAAUUGCCAGUGUCCGGUGAUGCUAUUCGCGAAUAUUUAAAUGCUAGUCAAGAUCAGUCGCUUUUGGAAAAAAGUAAUCCAUCCGAACAUAACCAACUGCCUCCUAUGCUGGAUCAAAAUGAUGACCUCGGAAAAGAUCUUUCUUAUGACUGUAAUGUCGUUGGGCCUGCUUGUUAGGAGCUUUUGAAUUUUUUAAAUUGUUUUAUUAUGUU